AUGGAUUCUGUCCGUGCCAAGCACGCGGCGGAGCUGGAGGCUAAACGUAAAAAGCUAGAGGAGAUUCGCAAGCGUAAAGCCGCAGUACGUGCUGCUGAGGAGUCAUCUACAGCGUCUGAGAGCGUGAAUGAAGCUAUUGGCCAGCAGGAAAACAAAUUUGACGAUUUUAUUCAAAAUAUCCUCAAGACGUCAGACAAGGAGGAGCGGACCAAAGACGAGGACACGAAGGGUAACAAUGACAAUGCAUUGACUCACACUCUUUCAUUAGCGGAAAAGCUUUCGUCUUUGUCUACGAUUAAUAGUGUGGCUGAGAUGCAUAUCCAGCCGACGCUAGUUGAGAUGUAUGCGAAACACACACAGACGGACAUAACGCUCGAGAACGAAAUUAUUACACAAGGAGAUAACGUUGAUAUAGAAUCAAACAAUACAAAGAUUCCGACGUCACCAAAGCGUGUGGAUAAUGUGGAUGGAUUGUCUUCUUCAGGGAAUCGCGAUGUGAUGGAAAUGGAAACAUCCACAAGCACCGAAACGACCACGUUGACAGAAGAGGAAAAAAGUCUAUUGAUGCAGUCUGAUGCUAUGGAGGCCUUUUUGCUUAAGUCUUCGAGAGUGAUUGAGCGUGCUUUAAAUACGUCUACGAAAUUUGAUAUUAUGGUUGAUUACGGUGCAGACGUGGACCUUGAUAGUGCCGUAGAAGAAGCCACCGAAUCCUUGAAGCAGCAGUACGUCUUUACGGACCCUCAGUGGUCAAAACAUCGUGCAGUUACUGAUAUCGACGUCUCUCCGUUCUAUCCGGAGCUGAUACUCGUGUCGUACUCUGCCCGAAAUUUCCUAGAGGAUGCAGACAAAGAUGAUAGCGAUACGGCCCAUUGGGACACGAUAGGAAAGUCUGCUAUGGCUGCGCUUACUCAAGUGGCGUCAACCACAGAUGGUGUUGUACUUUUGUGGUCUACAACCUUGCCGACCCGACCUGAGUAUCGAUUCACAUGUCACUCGCAGGUUACUAGCGCGUGUUUUAAUCCAUUUGAUAGUCACAUUAUCAUUGGAGGUACUUAUUCAGGUCAAGUUGUGGUCUGGGAUACUCGUGCGAUGAAUGCUCCUGUUCAAAAGACAGCAUUAUCAGCAUUCAGCCACACACAUCCGAUCUACGCGAUGGCUGUUGCAGGUACCAAAACGUCGUAUACGCUUAUCUCUGCAAGUACGGACGGCCGGGUGUGUGUAUGGGAUCUUGAUCACCUGCAAAAGCCUCUGGACAUGCUGGAUUUACGUAUUGCUCUUUCAAUCGUAUCCAAUUACUCGUCCAUCAAUUCGUCGGACAAGAAAAUGGAAGCCUCAGUGACAUCGUUUGCAGUUUUAGGCAAAGAGAUUAAAGAGUUAUUUGUCGGUACCGAAAGGGGUAAGUUAUACUCGACAAAAGUGGAUCAAUCAAAAAAGAAGAGUGGCGUAAGUGAUGACAGCACUAGCUUAGAGAUUGACAAGAAGAACAGAAGCAGUUUACUUGGUAGUAGUACGGGUGACCUCGUCCGUGAAGUGAUUGUCGAGGCCGUAUCCAAAGAAGCGUCUCAUUUUGGACCAGUUACAGCGAUGCAUUUUAACCCGUUGUUGCCAAUGCAUCGUGAUAGUCUGUUGCUUACGUGCUCAUUAGAUUCGUCAGUUAUGCUCUGGAGUCUCGAGCGUCCAGACAUUCCAGUGCUUUCGUUUGAGCCCUCAAGUGAAUACGUUAACGAUGUGCGAUGGUCCCCAAUUCACCCAGCACUCUUUGCGGUAGCUGACAGUAGCGGUACAGCGAGUUUCUGGAAUAUUUUGAAGGAUGUUGAAGUUGCUGUAAUCUCGGAGAAGAUUAGUGAGAAAGCUCUAAACAAGAUUCGAUGGAGCCCUGACGGCAAGAGUGUGAUAACUGGAGAUGCCAUGGGCAAAUCUUACAUUUACGAAGUGCCGUCCGAUAUUGCACUUGCUGCACCUGACGAUUUGUCGCUUCUCGAGAGUAAAGUGGCAGCUCUUCUCGCUGCUACAGCACUAAUAAAAUCUUGA